GCGGCUCUCGCAGUUCAGCAGCGAGGGGGGCUUUGGCUGGAGCCAAUGAAGAGUCACUGAGCUGCGCCCGGGUUGGCGGCACAGGCACUCCGGGCGGAGGAAGAGCAGCGGCCGCUCCGGUUCCCGCUCCCCGAACUGCCAUGGGUUAAAGGGAGAAGCGGAGAGCGAGGAACAAUAAACCUGCGGCUGCCGCCGGUGCGGAGCGCGGCUCCAGCUGCUGCCCGAGGGCGAGGCGGAGAAGGAGGAUGCCGGGCGCGCCGAGCUGAGCCCGGAGCCGAGAAGUGGCCUGAGCCUGGCGGGGAGGAGGAAGAAGUGAGGCGAGCGAGGGGUAGGGGGGGUGGAUGCUUUUUGUCGCUGCCCCGGUGCCGGAGCAGCAGCAGCAGCGGCGGCGGCGGCUGCAGGGGAAGGAGGCGGAGGAGAGAUGAUCGCAGAGUUGGUGAGCGGCGCCCUGGGGCUCGUCCUGUAUCUCAACACCCUGGGGGCGGAUUUCUGCUACGAUGACAGCCGAGCCAUCAAGACAAACCAGGAUCUUCUGCCAGAAACCCCCUGGACUCACAUAUUCUACAAUGAUUUUUGGGGAACUCUCCUAACCCACAGCGGGAGUCACAAGUCCUACCGUCCUCUCUGCACACUCUCCUUUCGCAUUAACCAUGCCAUUGGAGGCAUGGAUCCUUGGAGCUACCACCUUGUAAAUGUCCUGUUACACACUGCAGUCACUGGGCUUUUCACAAACUUCUCCAGAAUCUUGUUUGGGGAUGGAUAUUGGACCUUAAUCGCAGGCCUGCUGUUUGCGUCUCAUCCCAUCCACACCGAAGCAGUGGCAGGAAUUGUGGGGAGGGCUGACGUUGGAGCCUGCUUUUUUUUUCUGCUCUCAUUGAUGUGUUACGUUAAACAUUGCUCUACAAGAAGCUACUCAACCAGCACUUGGGGCUGGAUCUUGGGGACAGGACUCUGUGCUGGCUGCAGCAUGUUGUGGAAGGAGCAAGGAGUGACUGUUCUAGCAGUUUCAGCAGUUUAUGAUGUCUUUGUGUUUCACAGGCUGAAAAUGAACCAAAUCAUUCCUUCUAUAUAUAAAAGGAAGAAUUUGUCCCUUUUCUUCAGCAUUGGUUUAUUGACUUUCUGGGGGACUGCACUGCUGGGUGUCCGCUUGUACUGGAUGGGCAACAAGCCACCAAGCUUUUCCAACUCUGACAACCCAGCAGCUGACUCAGACAGUUUUCUUACACGCACUCUGACCUUUUUUUACUUACCGACCAAGAACCUCUGGCUGUUGCUGUGCCCGGACACCCUCAGCUUUGAUUGGUCUAUGGAUGCUGUACCUCUUCUUAAAACAGCCAGUGACUGGAGGAAUCUACACACUGUGGCCUUCUAUGCUGGACUCCUCCUCCUUGCCUACUCUAGCUUGAAGAGUUCCAGUAAUAAGAGAGAAUGCAAUGGGAAAACUGUAAUGAAUGGCAAGCAGAAUACUAAUGGGCAUAGCUGCCACUCUGACAUGGAGUACAAGAGUUUGGAGCUGAAGUCCAGCUUUGCCUCAAAAGAAGAGAAUGGCAUAAAAAAACGUGUAAUUCAGAGACCUCAGCUUCCUUCAACUGAGAACAUUGUACUUCUGUCUCUGUCUUUGUUAAUAGUGCCCUUUGUUCCUGCCACAAACCUAUUUUUCUAUGUAGGCUUUGUAAUAGCAGAGCGUGUACUCUAUAUUCCUAGUAUGGGCUUCUGCCUGCUGAUUACAGUGGGUGCCAGGUCCCUUUAUGUCAAAGCCCAAAAGCGCUUUCUAAAGAACUUUAUUUUUUGUGCCACUGCUGCAUUAAUUCUUUUCUAUGGACUCAAGACUGUUGUCAGGAACGAGGACUGGCAGAAUGAGGAGAUGCUGUAUAGGUCAGGGAUAAAAGUAAACCCAGCUAAAGCUUGGGGUAACCUUGGAAAUGUUCUCAAGAGCCAGAGCAAGAUUUCAGAAGCUGAAAGCGCCUAUAGAAAUGCCUUGUACUACCGCAGCAACAUGGCUGAUAUGCUUUAUAAUUUAGGAUUACUGCUGCAGGAAAACAGCAGGUUUUCAGAAGCACUACAUUACUAUAAAGUGGCAAUUGGUAGCAGACCCACAUUAGCUUCUGCCUAUUUAAAUACUGGUAUUAUCCUGAUGACUCAAGGAAAGACUGAGGAAGCCAGGAGGACGUUCCUGAAGUGUUCAGAGAUCCCUGAUGAAAAUUUGAAAGAUCCUCAUGCUCACAAGAGCUCUGUUACCAGUUGCCUUUAUAACUUAGGAAAACUCUUUCAUGAACAAGGACAUUAUGAGGAUGCCCUUAUGGUUUACAAGGAAGCAAUACAGAAAAUGCCAAGGCAGUUUGCACCACAAAGCUUAUACAAUAUGAUGGGAGAAGCCUACAUGAGACUGAGCAAGUUGCCUGAAGCAGAACAUUGGUAUAUGGAGUCGUUGCGAUCCAAGACUGACCACAUCCCAGCACAUCUCACAUACGGGAAACUUCUGGCUCUAACGGGCCGCAAGAGUGAGGCAGAAAAGUACUUCUUGAAGGCUAUUCAGCUGGAUCCUACCAAAGGCAAUGGUUACAUGCACUAUGGUCAGUUUCUCCUAGAAGAAUCCCGCCUGAUAGAAGCAGCUGAAAUGGCAAAGAAGGCAGCUGAGCUGGACAAUACAGAGUUUGAUGUUGUCUUCAAUGCAGCCCAUAUGCUCAGGCAAGCCAGUCUCAAUGAAGCAGCGGAGAAGUAUUAUGAAAUGGCAGCAGGAUUGAGACCUAAUUAUCCGGCUGCCCUGAUGAAUCUUGGAGCCAUUCUUCAUCUCAAUGGUAAACUCAGAGAUGCUGAAGCAAACUACCUCCGUGCUCUCCAAUUUAAGCCAGAUGAUGUCAUCACACAGUCAAAUCUUCGCAAACUGUGGAAUAUCAUGGAAAAACAAGGUUUAAAGACGUCUAAAACAUGACAAAGAAAAAAUUUCUUUUUCUUUAAAUUGACUCAAAUCCAGAACAAAACUUCCAGAAAGUUAUCUGAUCAAAGCUCUCAUUGGACUUGACUGCAAGGGUCAGGGGAUCUUAUUUGCUGCUAGCAGAACCUAUUCUGGUUUUUGGCAUAACUUUUGUUGCCAGAAAAAUAAAGGGAGAUUCUUUGGAUGGUUCACAAAGGACUCAACUAUUACAAAAAAUAAAAUAAAAAAUAAAACCAUAGCACUUAAAGGAGGGUAUUUUGGCAUAACUUGACAAGUUAUCACAGUUAAUCCCAUAUUACUCUUUUUAAUUUGAGUUCUUGAAAAUUAUACUGUCCUGAAAACACUAAGGGAGAACUGUAUAGCAUACACCCAGCCACAUGGGAGUAAAAAAGAUAAUACUAGCUUAAAGUAUUUGCUGAGACUGUAACUCAUUAAAAUGUAUGCUAAAUCCAAUGUGUUUGCAGUUUGUCUUAAUGCUGCUGUAUCUCUCUUUAGGACCACCUGCUUAUCAAUUUCAGACUGACACAAGCAUUUUUUUUAAAUACCUGUCACUUGCGAUUAGAUGACAGUAUUGACAGUUGUUUACUGACAAGUGCACGAUUGUCUCCGACUGUUAAGAGUUUUGAUGUAGUUUACUUCAGAUACUCAGUUGAGUAUGAUUUGCUUUGCCUGUCCUAGACGGAACAAGCAAGGACCAGUUCAGUGUGUGACAUUGGACCAGUAUAAAAGAAUCUGGAAGCUGUCACUAAUGUCAUGAAUUAUCCAUAUUUACACAGAAAACAUGUUUGCCCUGAUAUCAGAAAAGUGCGGUCAGGCUGUAACCUUAAAAAGAAAUUCUUUUUGACCUUAUAGAACACUGUGUUUUACUCCUUUCACGUUACUGUCAGAUAAGUCCUGUUUUCAACUGAACAUCUAGAUGCUGUUCAGCUUGCAUUAUUUUUGCAAGAAUUUAACCAGAGUGAGUUUGGAAGUGUUGUUACUUAGAAAUGGUACAAAUGAAGCUUAUCAGAAUUUUUUUUUAAAAACAGAGCUUUUUGUAAUGUGCUGCCAAGACAGCAACUAGUUAAAGGGACUGACUUUGAGAAGCUAGCGGAGAAUCUGGACAACAUUGUAGACUAACAGGAGUGUGUAACGAUGGUUGCCAAUUAUUCUGAGUAUUUUUGACAAUAGUGUUCAUUUUUAAAACUAUUUUCUACUUGGAGUCUAACCAAAUAUUAUGAAUCCAUUUUGUUUUCUGACAUGCACAGUUACAACACAGUUGUUACAUAUCUAGCUUUUUUAUUAUUUUUAUUUGGGAUCAUUAUUGUUUUAUUCUUCAUAAAAAUAAUUAUAAAAUAAUUUAUUUUAAGCUACAGCCUAUUGAAGCUUUAGUCUAUGUUUUCCCAAACCAUCUGGUAACUGCUUUCUUUUGUUGGAAAAAAGUACAAGAAUUUACUUUUUCAUUUAAUGACCUGUUGAUAUCUGCUUCAAUGUUCAUUUCACAAGUGGUAAAUAUCACAUUAUGUGAUGGAGCACCUUUAACUGAAGCAACUUCUUCAGGCUCUGUUAAAACCUUUUAUCAUGAAAAAUCCUUUUUUCUUUUUUAACUGUAGAGCACCAUUCCAUUGCUGUGUACUUCUGGGAGAAUAGUUUGCUGUAUGGUAUUUAUUUAUUUAUUAUUCAACUGCAGCAGCAUUUUCUUUCAUUAAGCCAGUAGUCUGCAACUGUUGCUAUCUUCUUCAUUUGGCUUUUGCUGCAUUUUUUUGUGGGUAGCAUGUGUACUUAAAGGGAAAUGUGACAACUGCAUUUAUUGUACAUUCUCCCCAUACACACUGCAGUUUUAGAUCUGUAUUAAAGGAUAUUGAGGAGUAACUAUUUCGAAGUUGGUAUAGUCACAAUUUGUUAUAGUGUUUUGUCUUUUUCUCUCCAGUUAGCAAUGCUAUGUUUUAAUGACUAGGUUCACAAUGGGGAUGCCAAAAGGGCUGCAUUUUUUUUCUUAAGAAAGUGUCAAACCUUUUGUCAAAUAACGAUAUGGCUGUGAAAGCAACAUGGAAUGCUUAGAAGUUGAAUUUCAGCUUUUUCAUCAUCGCCCGUUGAAGCCAAUGGUAAAAAUAAAAUGGUAUCUGGAAUUUAUUCUCCACCUUUCACUGCGUUUCUGAAAAAUUGUAAAAAUAAAUUAGAUAUUAGGCUCUGACUGAAUUCAGUAUAUAACUGUGGUAUUCUGCAGCUUUAUUUAUUUCAAGUCAUCAAACUUUGGUGAUCAUAACUUGUCACUAUAUUCUUUGUCUCUCCCUUUUUAACAUGUGUUCAUUCUUGUUUAGUGGUUAUUCAUUGCACAACAGAGUGACACUCAUAGGUGAUAUAUUUUCAUGGUAGCAUUGAUAACUGUCUGUUUAAAAAAAAACACUAAAAGAGAACUAAUGGAAGUUUAACAAGAAUGUCCCUGAACACAUUUCAAUAUAGGGCCUAACUUUCUUCUUUUGGAAUCAUUUAAAAAUGUAUUUAAAAUAUGUGUCUCUGCUCAGGGAUUUAUGGUGGAUUAUUGCAGACAGUGCUAAAAAAAUAAAAGAGCACAAGGGAAGUUUACUCAAUUAAAUUUUUAUUUUUUGAAAAACUGUUAUUUGUAUAAAUUAUCAAGAUUUGUAGGCUUUCCUUUUUGUAGAAAUAAUUGUUUGUGCCAGCUAAGAGAAUUUCAA